AUGGCGGAAGAGCCGGCGCGGUGCAAGAGCAUCCACGCCCUCCGGACCCACCCUGGUGGAGACGCGCCGUCCCCUGGUGGCGUUCAGCCACAGGCGCGGAAGAACUCCGUGCUGAUGUCUCGGAUCGGCGCGGGGCCCCCUGGCGGUGCCUCUGGCACUGCCCCCGGCGCGCUCCGGGAGGAGUGUGUCCGGCGCCGGUGCAAGAGAAGUCCGUGCGGAGCUCCGGAAGCUUGUGUCUUCGGAGGUUGUGCCUUCUUCUGCACAGGCGAGCCCAGGCGUGCCGACCCACAUGUGAUAUUAAACAAGUUUUACGUAUGCGAUUCUUUCAAGAUCCGGGACGGCGGUGGCUAG